AUGACAUCGAGGAAGGAGCCCGCUGUAGCGUACAUUGAGGCCGGGUUCGGCAUGAAGAACUUGAUGACUUGCAUGUCAGUGACCCUCGGGAGCAAGAAGAAGAUGAAUAUGCUGUCGAAGCCUGCCAUUAGGUGGGCUAAGUCGAAAAAUGACUUCAAGGUUGUGAAGAGGGCUUUCCUGAAGGCUUUCAGUAAGGUCAGAACCUCUAUGAUCGUGUUCAACGUCAAGGCCGAGCCCAUUGCUAGGGAAAAUACGACAAACGACCCCGCCAAGACGCAUGUUGCGAGCAGCAGAGGCGACUAUGUUCAUAGUGCUGGGAGAUUCCAGGAGAUUUACGGUAUGAACUCCUCGUACGUCGUGACUUACCUGUGCGCAGGCACGAGGAAGUUGUUGAGCCAGUGGACGAAGGCCACAGCCGCGAGGCACUACCCCGGAGUGCGAAUACCUAAGCAUUCAAAGUCUUCUGGUCUGCGAGGGGUCGAUGGAGAUGCUGUUAUUAAGCAUGUCGUAGUGCUGGUCGGAUAUCAGACCCUUCAGCGAUACGACGCGCCGGUCUGCGGCUGCGGCUUUGUCCGUGACGGGAUCGAGAGCAAGUCGCCGAGAAAGAAGCACGUCAUGGCGUAG